AUGGGAAGCCGGAGAGGAUCUGAGCCGGCCAAUGGGGAGCCGGAGGAGAGCGGCUCAGCUGCGUGGGGUGUGCUCUACCGCUACAGCCUGGAGUCCGCGCAGCCCAGCGGUGCUGUGACGCUCGAGGACCCUGUGUGGCCGCGGUUUCCCACUCCGUGGCUCUGCCGGGCUGCCCGGAGCUUCCGCUGCCCCCUAUCAACAGUUGCCUUUGGAUCUGGUUUCCAGUUUGGCUACAACACAGCCUCGGUUAAUUCUCCAGCCCCGUGCAUGCAGGACUUUUACAACCAAACCUACAUCAACAGGACUGACAAGCCUAUGGAUAGUGCCUUCUUGACAUUACUCUGGUCUCUUACUGUGUCCAUGUACCCUCUGGGAGGCCUUUUUGGAUGCCUCCUGAUGUGGCCUCUAGUCAAAAAGUGUGGCCGAAAGGGCACUCUGCUGAUCAAUAACAUCUUCUCCAUUGUUGCUGCACUCCUUAUGGGAACCUCAGAGCUAGCAAAAUCCUUUGAAGUAAUCAUCGUUGCACGUUUUAUCGUGGGAAUAUUUGCUGGUCUGACUUCCACUGUGGUUCCCAUGUAUAUUGGAGAAAUAGCCCCCAGAAAUCUGAGAGGUGCUCUCGGGAUAGUACCAGAGAGCUUCGUCACCAGUGGGAUCCUUACUGCUCAGACCCUUGGUCUCAAGAGCAUCCUUGGGAAUGCUGAAGGCUGGCCUGUGCUGCUGGGGCUCACUGGGAUCCCAUCAGUCAUUCAGCUCCUUGUAUUGCCCUUUUUACCUGAGAGUCCCAGGUACCUGCUGAUACAGAAGGGCAACGAAGAGCAAGCACGGAAAGCUCUACAGAAGCUGAGAGGCAGGCCUGAUGUGGAUGAGGAGAUAGAAGAAAUGCGCCAAGAAGACCGUUCAGAAAAGGAAGAAGGACAAUUCACUGUCCUCAGCCUGUUCACCUUCAGAGGCUUGCGGUGGCAGCUCAUCUCUGUCGUUGUCAUGAUGAUGGGCCAGCAGCUCUGUGGAGCGAAUGCAGUCUUCUACUACUCAGACAGAAUCUUCCGGUCAGCAGGUGUGGAAGAAAACAGCGUUCAGUAUGUCUCUAUCGCUAUAGCUGCCACCAACGUUGUCAUACCUAUAAUUGGUAUAGGAACCACAUCUAACCCAGGAUUCAAUUCUUCACAGCCCACUGUCUCGUGGAUGUCUUACAUCAGCAUAGUGUCUGUCAUCGCUUACAUCACUGGACAGGGGAUUGGAGCUGGUCCAGUUCCCUACGUGUUGAUCAAUGAGAUGUUCCUGCAGUCAUCCCGGCCUGCAGCCUUCAUGUUGGGUGGGUGUAUGCACUGGCUUGGCUAUUUCGCCUUGGGCAUUGUGUUCCUCUACAUGGAGGCUGCACUGGGGCCCUACUGCUUCCUGAUCUUCAGUGCUGUCUGCCUUGCCACCGUGGUUUACAUCUUCUUUAUAAUUCCUGAGACAAAGAACAAAACCUUCAUGGAAAUCUACAAGAUGAUGGCCAAGAGGAACAAAGUGGAGAUUCAGGAAGAUAAAGAAGAGGUUAUGGAUUUUGAUGCUGUCUCAGUCUUUAUGUUCAUACAGGAAGAUGCAAAGGCAAUCGCCUGGGCGGUGCCAGUGCAGGUGGAGGAGGGCGCGGCCCCGCCCCUCCCGCACCACCACGCCCACGAGCCCGCCUCUGGCUCGAGGAGGCGGGAGUCCAUGAGAACGCCGUGA